GAACUUUCCUAACUUCUUACCUAGUCACUGGCUGCUAUAUUCACAAUGACAUUCUCGCAGGAAGCCGCCUCAUGGUUCUCGCCGUCUCCCGUGAAGCUGUCUCCGAUUCCCCAGCCCGGACAGCAGGCUCCAUCUUGUGCACUGCUGCCCUUCCCCGCUAACAACGGCAAGCCAACCAUUGUAACCUUUCUCAGGCACUGUGGAUGUCCCAUUGCGGAAGCAACGUUCCUUGAACUGCGUGCUGCUGCCGAGAAAAACCCAAGCAUCAACUUUGUCGCUGUAUCGCACAGUGACCAGCCCUCAACGGACAGAUGGCUGCAAUCAGUGGGUGGUGAAGGUAACGCCGAAGCUAACCCGGUGGUGGUCAUCGUCGAUGCCGAGCGCAAGAUCUACGCGCAAUGGGGCUUAGGACUCACCUCUUGGGGCCAUGUCCUGAGUCCGGGCGGACUCCUGUCCAUCUGGAAGCUUGGGCGGGAGAGAGGGAUCUGGAACCGGCCGACGGAGAGUGGAAAUCGAUGGCAGUUGAGUGGCAGCUGGGCAGUUGAUGCCGAAGGGAUUGUGCGCUGGGGACGGCCUGUGGAGAGGGUUGAUGAGCUCAUGGACUUCGACCAGGCGGUUGAAAGUAUCCACAAGCCUUAG